AUGCACACCACACCUGGCUGCUCAACCACAUUCAAGUUACUUUUGAUCGGUGACUCCAACGUCGGCAAGUCCUCCAUCCUCCUGCGUUUUACGGACGAUCACUUUCUGCCACCGGAGGAGACCAGCGCAACCAUAGGUGUGGACUUCAAGGUCAAGUACCUCGAAGUGGACAGCCAGCGGUACAAGCUGACAAUCUGGGAUACAGCAGGGCAAGAGCGGUUCCGCACCCUGACAUCGUCGUAUUACCGCGGAGCCCAGGGCGUCAUCCUGGUGUACGACGUCAGCAGCCGCGAGUCGUUUGACAAUCUGGACACGUGGUUUGAAGAGCUCAGAACAUACUGCUCCGGCGAGGACGUCGUCAAGAUGGUCAUUGGCAACAAGAUUGACAAAGAGUCCGAGAGACAGGUGUCGAGGAAGGAGGGCGCGGAGUAUGCAAGGAAGCACCGGACUUUGUUUUUGGAGUGCAGCGCAAAGACCAAAAUUGGCGUGCAGCAGGCUAUGGAGGAGCUGGUGAACAAGAUUGUGGAGACACCGGGGCUCUGGCGCAAAUCGUCGCCGUCAAAGGGCACGGUCUACGUCAAUGAUGUCCCCUCUGGUAUCGCCGGAGGCUGCGCGUGCUAA